UUUGAAAUGUUAUUAACUCUCCUCUCUCUUCCAUGCAGGGAGAGAGGCGACUAAUGUUUGUCUCGUGCUGGCAGUCUAGUCACUGCGGGUCCGUUUACUAGGAUGUGUCCACUAUCUGCUUACUAUGUGGGUUGACGGUAGAGCUGGGCGAUAUAUCAAAUAAACGUUGUUUCUGUCGCACGGCAAUGCGGCACCAUGUACCGUCGUCAGCAUUUUAGCCACAGACUGUUAGGUGUUAGCUAUCUAGUCUGUGUUUUUAUCAAUGUGCAAUGAGCAUAGAAACACGCAUGCACAUAAGGAAUGAAAAACUCGUUCGCACUUGAUUUCAACGUCUAAACAAAGUGGACAGGCAGGCAUGCUGUUCGAACAGUUGGAGACGGACAGGGGAGGGGCGGAGCUACUGUUUGGCAGCGUGAAGGAGCAUCAUGUGACCCUGCCCAACCAAUCAGAACCCUGGGACAUGAAGCAGCUGCUGGUAUGGAUCAGAGGGAACAUGCUGAAGGAACGGCCAGAGCUCUUUGUCCAGGGAGAUACUGUGAGGCCUGGGAUCUUGGUACUUAUCAAUGAUGCCGACUGGGAAUUGAUGGGUGAGUUGGAGUACGAGCUACAGGACAAGGACAACGUAGUAUUCAUCUCUACUCUCCAUGGAGGUUAGAAUACACUGGGUGUAGAUGUCCACAGGCAGCUCCACACACAAUUGCCCUCACUUCCUCCUACUCCUAUUGUUCCACCACAAAACAAAACUCGCUGGACUCUUACACCUCUCCGCUCCAACCAACCAACCAACCAACCAACCAACCACUGAAAGAACCCUGGGAUGCUAUGAUUUAUGUUCUCCAAGACCUCAGCCUGUAUUCAAUACCUGAUCUAGAUCAUAAUUAUUACAAUUAUAAAGACGGGGUGGGCCUGAUCCUAGAUCAGCACUCCGACCUGUUUUUUUUUUUAAUAUGGGUGCUGGUCCUCCAGAAUGAUUUUUAUUUAUUUGUGGAGUGAAGAGAAGAUUUCAUCUACAGAGAGGGACUCUAUGGUGAUGGCGUGAGUCUUUUCAGGGCCACAGUCUAAUGAAUAUUCUGCUACAGUUCUGUCUCCAUUCAAAUAGGUUCAGAAGAGACAGUAGGACUUGAGUUGAUACUUUUUUUGCCUUGAACUCUGCAUGUGAUUGGUCAAGAAUCAUAAUUUACCAUCUUUUUAACUUUUUUUUAAUUCACCGACAAAUUGCUGCUUCAAUCCUUGAAUGUAUGUAUUGAGACCAAGAAAGAUGCAUUUAGCUUGCUGCAAUGAUGUAACCAUAAACACAUGUAUUUAAUUGACUUACUAGAUCAGAUUAAUAAAAGAAAAGGAUUGCA